CCGCCGGGUGGCCAUGUUGCAGCCCCAGCAGCAGGCGGCGGGGAGCGCGGCGAUGGCUGUGGCCGUGGGCAGAGCGGCGAAUGAUGACCUUAGGAACCUGUCCCUGUCUGGCCAUGUGGGCUUUGAUAGCCUCCCUGAUCAGUUGGUUAACAAGUCAACGUCACAGGGCUUCUGCUUCAACAUCCUCUGUGUGGGUGAAACUGGCAUCGGCAAGUCAACAUUGAUGGACACUCUGUUCAAUACAAAGUUUGAAAGUGAGCCUGCUACACACAAUGAGCCUGGUGUGAGAUUGAAAGCCAGGAGUUAUGAGCUCCAGGAGAGUAAUGUCCGUCUGAAGCUGACCAUUGUUGACACGGUUGGAUUUGGAGAUCAAAUUAACAAAGAUGACAGCUACAAGCCCAUAGUAGAGUACAUCGAUGCGCAGUUUGAAGCCUACUUGCAAGAAGAGCUGAAGAUCAAACGAUCCCUGUUCAAUUACCAUGACACCAGAAUUCAUGCCUGCCUGUAUUUCAUUGCACCAACUGGACACUCACUGAAAUCCCUAGACUUGGUCACCAUGAAGAAGCUCGACAGUAAGGUGAACAUCAUCCCCAUCAUUGCCAAGGCUGACACCAUUGCAAAAAACGAGUUGCACAAGUUCAAGAGUAAAAUCAUGAGUGAGCUGGUCAGCAACGGCGUCCAAAUCUACCAGUUCCCAACAGAUGAAGAGACAGUGGCUGAGAUCAAUGCCACAAUGAGCGUCCACCUUCCAUUUGCUGUAGUUGGUAGCACUGAAGAAGUGAAGAUUGGAAACAAGAUGGCAAAAGCCAGGCAGUACCCCUGGGGUGUUGUCCAGGUUGAAAAUGAAAAUCACUGUGACUUUGUGAAGCUGCGGGAGAUGUUGAUCCGAGUGAACAUGGAGGACUUGAGAGAGCAGACACACACACGACACUACGAGCUGUACAGGCGCUGCAAGCUAGAAGAAAUGGGAUUCAAGGACACAGAUCCAGACAGCAAACCUUUCAGUCUCCAGGAGACUUAUGAAGCAAAGAGGAAUGAAUUCCUGGGUGAACUACAGAAGAAGGAGGAUGAAAUGAGGCAGAUGUUCGUCAUGAGAGUGAAGGAAAAGGAAGCAGAAUUGAAAGAAGCUGAGAAAGAUCUUCAUGAAAAGUUUGAUCAUCUAAAGAGGACUCACCAAGAGGAGAAGAAGAAAGUGGAAGAUAAAAAGAAGGAGCUUGAGGAAGAGCUGAACAACUUUCAAAAGAAGAAGGCGGCAGCUCAGCUAUUACAGUCACAGGCUCAGCAGGCAGGUUCUCAACAAACCAAGAAAGACAAGGACAAGAAAAAUGCAAGCUUCACAUAAAGCCUGUCAAGCCAAGGAUGUUCCUGCAUUCAUCUGCUUUUGCAGUAAUGUUUCUGCCAUCUGUUUUUUCUUUUUUUUUUUUUUUUCAUUUUUAACCUGAAUAACUAUUAACUCAUCUAAUAACGUAGUGGGAACAAAAAGGAAGAAGGGUUGCGUGCAGGACUUUGUGCAGCAGGAAACUGAGGGGGGAGGAAGGGAGGGAAACAAAUGAUACUACGCGUUUUUCUGGUCCAUACCAGCAAUAGAAAAUCACUCUUGGCUCAGGUCUGAACUGAGUCAGGGCUGGAGUUUAGUUCUACCUGUAUCCCUUCAGUAGCUAAUGUGUUAGAGCAAAAUGAGCCCUGCUGUUGGGGUGGGAUAAGGGGAGGGGGGUAUCUGUGUGUAGAUAACAAAAGUUUAACUGACCUUGCAUGCUAUUACAUUUGCAUGAUUUUUUAUUUUUUUAAAUUAGCUGCUGUUUUUGUUGUCUGACUGGAUAACAUUAGUUGGGCUGGGUUUGUUACCAUGUGCUGGCAUAUUUUUACAGCCACCUUUUCAGGUCAGCGUAGCAGCUCCUUGCUGAAUGUAGUGGUGGGAACUGAGCGGUGCUGCAGGUACCUGGAAAAAGGACCUCUUUUCAUGCUUUCCAUGCAUUGCUUGACAUUGAAACCCAACUUAAAAGAGUGCUGGGUUCUUAGACUAUUAGCAAGAAAUAGCAGCCCCUAAGGAAUCAAAUGCCCAGGCAAGAGAAGGCGUACCCUUCCACAUCCCCCUGCUGCCUUUGGGAGUGUUCCUGCGUACACAUAAAUACAGACCCUGUAGUUGCAGGAUCCAGGUUUCCAUGCUGAGACAAUGCUGUUUUGCCAACCAAAUAGUGGUUAAUGUGAAAGGUGGGAAUUUGGGUCCUCAUCUCUGGAGCUGCACACUCCAGAGCAGAAAACAUGCCAAUUCCGAAACGUUGAUGGAUGACUGCCCCAUUGCCUGAAAAGCAUUAGAAAGUUAAUGCCUCCAACCCCGGGGAGCUUUGCACAACAGCUAACAGCCUGAGAGAAAGGCUUUCUCCAGACAGAUUCAUGUUGAGGAGGGGCCAGAGGUUUGUCACUACCUGCAAGUGACUCAAGAUUCUUGCAGGGAUGGAGAGCAGCCGAGCAGGGAGAUGUGACAUACAAACAAGACACCUCUAGCAUAACCAGGCCUCACUCUGUGGCCAGCAUGGUGUGAAAUCGGUCUGCUUAAUGUCUAUUUUCUAUGCCAUUGCUUUUUGGACAGAAUCUUUCCCUUCCUACCCAAGAAGUGGCGAGCCAUGCUUACACUUUGACUGCUGGAUUUCUUUCUCUUCUGCUGAUGUACUGCCAGCAUUUCCUCUGCUCCUAGCUAGGUAGUCUCCUCUUUCUUUCUUUAAAGCACUCCUAAAAAUAACUCUCUCCACCUGAGUCUCACGCACUGCAGUUCAUUGCUUGCUUCUGGGAUGGAAUUUCUUGCCUCUCUAAAUGUUCAAAAGAAGUCAGAAUUGUCACUUUUUUCUGAAACAAGUCAGAAUCACAUUUUUUGGAGAGUUGGCUGACAAAACGUGUUUGGGAGUUGACUUUAAUUGUUGUUUUUUUUUAAAUCCAUGCUUUUUAACCCUUACCACUUAAACAUGGCUUUGGGAAGAGGAAAUACAAAUGCAGCCUCGUGAACAUGCAGCAAAAAUUGUAGAUGAGUAAGCUGGGAAUAAAAGUCAUUGUCUUUUCUUUUGAUCACACCUCCUGGUCUUAUCAACCAUGAUGUGCUUCCAUCAGGUUAAACACGUUUCUUAGGGAGCUAUUUAGAAAAACAAAACUAUGAUUCUUCUGGCUUCUGGCAAAUUCAAGUUUAAAAUCUUGAGUUAUCAAGGGAGAAAUCUGUUUGCUGGCACGAGCUAUUUAGUCACAUCACACACUCCUGUCUCAAGCCUGAAUGCUCGUGGCAGUGUGCUUUGCUUCAGCUGUCUCUGUGCACGUCCUCUCUUUAAUUACCAGUGCUUUGUGCCAAGUAGAAAACUUAAUUUUACCAUUUAUUUGUCCUGCUUCAUUUGACAGCCUUUCCAAGGGAUGUUGGCAGGGGAAGUCAGCUGAGUCUGGCAGUUUUUGUUGUUUUUGUUUUUAAAAAGAAAGCUGUGGCCAAAUGCAUUAACAUCUUUUUGAUUGGGUUUCUUCCUCCAGUGAGAAGCAGGCUGUUCUGGGGAAACUGGGCUUAAACCAUAACCUUGCUAAAGUGAAAGGUAUUGUUUUGUUUUCUCUGCCCAAGGAGAUGUUAAAAUCUUUUUCUCCUCAGUCCCCCAGGCCAUGUUUAGCUGGUUAUUGCUGCACUUCUUUCUUUUCUUUACUUGCGCCUUUUUUCACAGUAGUCCCUGGUUCUGCAUGGAGUAAGCGAUGCUUUCAGUCUAGCUGGAUAUGCUUUCACCUUGCAUGUAAGUACAGUAGUAAGAGAUGCACCUUUCCACUCACUGCUGAUAUGGGCAAACCAGUUGUGUUUUUCUGGGGUCUUCCUUUAAGUCCACUUACUUACAAGUGGCGUUGUUGAAAACCAUGUAAAAACUUUCUGUAAUAAUCUGCUUUUGCUGAGAUUUUGAAGGAAAAAAAAAGCCAUAGGGAACAUAACAAACAUAACAUCCAGCUGCUGUUGAAUGUCUGAAGUUACCCUGCAUGGCUCUGUGGGUCUGCUGGUGACAGUGGGGACAGCAGCAUGGUUGUGUUGCUCAUGAGGCAUUGCAAAUGUCAGCGUGGUGAAGAAAUGAUGAUCGGUAGCUGCUAACGCUGCACGUCCCUGACACUGAUAUAAACACAGGAAUAGUAUGGAUGAGCAGGAAAGCGUAGGGGCAUUUGUAUUUCUGGGAUGAUGGUGUUCCCCAUGCAGGGAAUGAACCCCAGAGAUGAGAAGGAAACACAAGGCAGGCCACCAAGAGGGCUGUGAUGGCUCUGCAGAGGUGGGCACACGUAUGCCCGGUAGGGCGGGGGUUACCUUUUGGGUAACCUACCCCACACUUCUCUGUGGCCCCAAAACCACCGUACUUGUUGCACUGCGGUGUGUGUGCUUUUGACAGCUUGAAACCCCAUCAAGGAGAUUUGUAUCUCGGUGUCUCUCUCUAAGCAUGCCCUUACCUAACAUGAGCAGUGUUUCUGUGGGUAGUUCUCAUCCCGCUUCUCCUGAGGUGUCCGAGUGCGGAUGGAAAUGUCUUUUUGUGUAUGCCACACCAGGUGUGUCCAUCUGAAACCAGCUACCACUCGCCCUCUGAGAAGUCAGCAGUGCACACUUGACUCUCUGCAAGGGCCCUGGCUGCAUUUGCUGCAUGCCAGAUCCACGUCACUCUUGUUAGCAUGGGACAAUACGAUAUGAAGGGUUUUUUAAUUAACGGAAAAUAAAGCUGUGAACAGCAGUAGAAAUAUUGUAUUUGUAUACAUUUUUAAUAUUCUGAUUGCCUUAAACUAUAGAUGUAGAACUUUAUUACCUUGCUAUUUGAAAAUAACCCAUGUUUGUUACUAAAUAAUUGUGUAACCUACAUACAGUGUUAAUGCAAAUUAUAUGUAUGCAUCUGUUAGAUAUUGUCACUUUAUUUGAUGUUAAAAUAUUUUUUUUUUAAUUACAAAUUGAAUAAUAACCUGGUAGCAUAAGCUCAGUUCUUUCUUGUAUGUGCUUUAGGCUGCGUCCACAAGCAGUGCCAGCACUCGAAGUGGGGAGAGGAAAUAUAUUUUUACCCAAA